GAUCUGCUCUCCCACAAUUCAACAGGCAACAAAGGAAGAAAGCGAGAGGCCGUGAGGCUAGAUUGUAUUAGCUCCCAACACCAGGAUAGCGCCCGCUGUCGCCCCUUUGAUGGCGCUUGGCAUUGAUACAUGUUUAUAUGCGUAAAGGGAUACCAACCGCAGGGGGGGGGGCGGCCGUUAACCGUCGGUGAGGGCGACUGUCCGACCGCACAACAAGUAUGUUCUCCAAAGCUAACCCACACGAUGCUAGCUGGUUGCGUAGCCUGCUAACGGCUAGGUAGCUAAGCUAACACAAACCGUCUGGCGAUCGAGCUUUUAAAGGACGUUUUCUGUAGACAAAACGAGUUUCGCUGGCACACCUGAUCGUCUGACCUGACGGGACAUGGCAACACCUCACGUCUAGGCAUCAGAGGUGAAUUGGUGGCAGUGGAACCUAGCCCAUCCAACUGAGUCACCAUUUGCAGGCACGUAAUGGGUAUGGCCACUCUAUUACAUGCAUGACUAGUUCUGUGUGGCCUGAUGGGAGGACACGGUGGAUAGCACACUCUUCAGGAUACCCGGGGAGCCAUCCCCCCCCAUGCUGCCACUCGAGAGGGCCUGCCAGGAUGAAGAAGAUAAGCCUUAAGACCAUCCGAAAGUCCCUGAACAUAAAGGGCAAAGAGGAGGGCGACUUUGUCAUGCUCCAGCAGCCCUCCAUGACCACUGACUAUUCCAAGGAGGACUCCCUCUUUGGGGGCUGUUAUACCAAAGACCUCGCCGGCUGUGACCUCGGCAACGACGAGGACAAGGGGGGUCAGAACAAGGGCCGGGCCAAGAGCGAGAGUCUGAUGGGCUCGCUGAAGAGGCGGCUGUCCACCAAGCAGAAGGCCAAGGUGAAGGGCGGCUCGUCGGCCGUGGGCUCCGUGGAGGACGACGACACCUUCUCCUCCGCCUCGGUGCCCAUCAGCUUCAACGAGGUGAAGGCCCAGCGUCCGCUGAGGUCCUCGUCGCUGCGGAGCCACCACUACAGCCCGUCGCCGUGGCCGAUCCGCUCCGUGGCCGCGGACGAGGCCUGCAUCAAGAUGGAGGUGAAGGUGAAAGCCAUGGUCCACUCCCCCAGCCCCAGUCCCAGCCUCAACGGCGUCCGCAAGGAGUUCCACGACUUCCAGACCGAGGGCUUCUUCCAGGAGCGGGCGGAGUCCUUCAAGAGCCUCCAGCAGCAGGCGCAGAACGGGGCGCUGCACCUGAACAUUGAACAUGACGUGCCUGUGGUGCUGGGGCUGAUGCCCCAGGACUACAUCCAGUACACCUUGCCUUUAGACGAGGGAAUGUACCCCGAGGGGCCUCACUCGUUUUGCCUGGACCACUCCUCCCCCAUGGAGGUGGUCACGGAGGCGGAGGACGGGCUCCUUCCGCCGGACCGCGUCCAGGAGGACCUGGACCUGGUGGGCGGCCUUCCCCCGGAGCUCUACAUGGAGCCCUCCGUCAACGGCCUGCUGGUGUGCCCCGCCGGCGUGAUGCUGGAGGGCUCGGCGCCCGAGGUCCCGCCGCCCCUCUCUCCGCUCAGCCACCGGGAGCUCCCCAGGACUUUUUCAGGGUUCAGCUCGACGGACAGCCGGGUGGCGGAGCGCGUGAGGCACCACCUGAACUUCGACCCGCACUCCGCCCCCGGGGUGAGCCGGGUGUACGACUCGGUGCAGGCCAGCGGGCCCAUGGUGGUGACCAGCCUCACGGAGGAGCUGAAGAAGCUGGCCAGGCAGGGCUGGUACUGGGGCCCCAUCACCCGCUGGGAGGCCGAGGAGAAGCUGGUCAACCUGCUGGACGGCUCGUUCCUGGUGCGGGACAGCUCGGACGACCGCUACCUGCUCAGCCUGAGCUUCCGCUCGCAGGGGAAGACCCUCCACACCCGCAUCGAACACUCCAACGGGCGCUUCAGCUUCUACGAGCAGCCCGACGUCGAGGGCCACACGUCCAUCGUGGACCUCAUCGACUACUCCAUCAAGGACUCGGAGAGCGGAGCCUUCUGCUACUCCAGGUCCCGCCUCCCCGGGUCCGCCACCUACCCCGUCAGACUGACCAACCCCGUGUCUCGGUUUAUGCAAGUGCGCUCGCUGCAGUAUCUGUGUCGCUUCGUCAUCAGACAGUACACCAGGAUUGACCUGAUUCAGAAACUGCCUUUACCCAACAAGAUGAAAGAUUACCUGCAGGAGAAGCACUACUGAGGACAGGAUUGUGGUAGCAAUUUGCACUUUUUGGGUUCAGUUAAGAGAUUUCAAACAAGGUUUACACUUCAGACGACCAUUGUUUUGGGGAAGUUGGUUUUCAGUCGCCGUUUAUUUGUGUCGGGGUGACUCUGUCGCUGUCCGGUCCUUUAUCCCGCGGUUUCCACUUGAGUUUCUUUGCCCGGAUUGGCCGCCAGCCCGUGGCUUUUCUUCGGAGAGGCCUCCGGGGAGACCAUCCAGGCCGCACCAUACAUUACAUUUAACAUGAGCAUUCUGAUGAGGGAACUUGUGAUGCUAGCGGUCCACCUAAAACACGAUAACAUGUACAAAGAAAAAAGACUUUAGGUUGGUUGGAAUUUUAACGACUUAUGAAAUUUGACUUUUUUUUAUGUGGCAUGGUAAAUAUUCUCUUCAGCCCCCCCCCCCUGCAGACUGGUUGUGACCAUUGGCACAUUGUUUUGACGAUGGUUUUGUGUGACACAUUGUUGUCUGAGUCAUCAACACUUUAAACAGUUAGUUUGUUCUGCGCUUACUGUUGACAGACACUUGCCCUCUGACACCGUUGUAAGAUAACGUGAAGGGUGUUUUAAUUGCUUCAAUAGCCAAAGAUGAUCUCUGUUUUUAAAUUAAAGGUUGGGUAUGGGAUUUGCGAAACGCCAGCAGAUUAAAAAAAAUACACAACUCU